AUGUUAGAAACAUCAGGCACAAGUACGGAUGCUGAUCCUCCUUCCCCCAGCCUGACACCCCCAGAUGUGUUGGUCUGCAACUUCCAUGCUCCCCAGGCAAUAUGGCCCAGUACACAAGUGUCUGUGUCAUGUGGCAGUUCGCAAGUAACGAUUGCUGUGCCAGUGAAUCUCUUUGGCUCUGGUGUGGUGGUUAGUGCCAAUGAACUGACCCUGGGAUCUGGCUGUGCUGUGACUACUGUGCAUGCAAAUGUACUGCUGCUAGAAUACCCCCUGUUUGCAUGCGGGGCUACCAGAAAAAUUCUGCCAGGCAGCAUCCACUAUAGAAAUAUUCUCCACUAUGUACCUUCAGCUGCAGAUGGAGUGAUCCGGUCCAGUAGUUUCUCUCAUUCCAUAGACUGUUUCUACCCUAGGUCAUGGAAUGUCUCUUCACUUGGACUCAAGCCCACUUGGAUCCCAUUCACUUCCACGGUGAUGGACAGACAGCGCUUGGAUUUUGCCCUUGAAGUCUAUGACAGUUCCUGGUCACUACCUAUGUCUGACCCUGUUUACUAUCUUGGGGACCUAAUAAACAUCCAAGCAUCUGUAAGAAAGGGUAACCAUGUCCCUCUGAAGAUCUAUGUGGAUGAAUGUGUGGCCCGUCCCAGUGCAGAGUCGUCCGUGAAAUAUGAAGUCAUCACAAACCAUGGGUGCCUUGUGGAUGGGCAGCAAAGUAGCUCUCAUUUCCUUGCCUCACAAGAAAAUGGGAUACUCCGCUUCCAGCUGGACACUUUCACUUUCAUUGGGGCCUCCAACAACCAGAUUUACCUCAUCUGUCACUUGAAGGCUGUGUCCGUCAACUCUGCAGACCAUCGCAACAAGGCAUGCUCCUUUGACCAAGAAACUGCAACCUGGAGCUCAUAUGAGGGAGCAGAUUGUUCCUGUUGUGCAUCUUCCAGUGGUUGUGGGAGCAGGAGAAGGCGAAGAAAGAGAGGGAAGAAGCAGAGGAGAGGUGAACUUGUUUUCCAUACAGUGGACCUAACAGACCAAUUCUUUGGCUUGGGUACAUGUCUGUCAAUACAGGAGAGUGGAACUUCUGGUGCACAGGAGUCUACAAGUAGGUCCCUGUCCUAA